AUGAAUGGCUUGGUGCAUGAGCUGGCAACGGUGUCAUCACCUGACGCCGAAGCGAUCUCCACUGUUCUUCACGCCUACGGAGCCGCUCUAAAAGCCCGAAAUGUGGAGGAAGUACUGGCCCUUUACACGACCGAUGGAGUGAUUAUGCCGCCGCACUUCCCGGCGAGUGCGGGCAUCGACUCUCUACGCGCAUCGUAUACGCGGAUUUUCUCAACGAUUGAGCUGGUUAUAACUUUCCAAAUCGAGGAAAUUGUUUUGAUGUCUCCAGAGUGGGGGUUCGCUAGGACGACGGCGGAGGGCACGAAGACGAUACUUGCGCUGAAUGAGUCGGAGCCACAUGCGAAUCAGGAAUUGUUUAUUAUGAAGAAGGAGAAUGGGAAGUGGUUGAUUGCUAGAUAUGCAUUCUCGACUAUGAAACCGCUGGUUCAGAAUGGGAUUCAGAGGAGUUGA